UUGUGUUGUUUUCAUGACUAAUUACAGUUUUCUCGGGCUCCCGUGUGGAUUACCCUCCUAAUAGCCCGGGAGGCAAGGGCCGGGGCAUUCUCGGAAUACUGUUUGGAAUUACUGGAAGUACGGUGGAUUCGUUUAUGGUGUGAACUGCCUCAUAUUUAGACGAAUUUUCGUCCAUUUUGUCCACAAGAUGGGGUGCUUCAAAAAAACCUCGGGGGAUGAAGAAGAAAGAUUACGAAAGGAAACUAAUAAGAAGAUAGAAAAACAAUUGGCAAAAGAUAAGCAAACAUAUAGGGCAACUCAUAGAUUACUGUUAUUAGGUGCCGGGGAGUCAGGAAAGUCUACAAUUGUGAAACAGAUGAGAAUUCUCCAUGUUGAUGGCUUCAGCCCAGAUGAAAGAAAACAAAGGAUAGAUGAUAUUAAAAGAAAUGUGAGAGAUGCAAUUCUGACAAUUACAGGUGCCAUGUCUGUACUUAACCCACCAGCACUUUUAGAAAAUCCGAAGAACCAAUUCCGGGUAGAUUAUAUCCAAAAUGAAACCAUGGAUCCAGACUUCUCUUAUCCUCCGGAAUUCUAUGAACACACAGAGAUUUUAUGGAAGGAUAAGGGUGUACAAACCUGCUUUGAGAGGUCCAAUGAAUACCAGCUUAUUGACUGUGCCCAAUAUUUUUUAGACCGAGUGCAUAUAGUAAAACAGCCUGAUUACACACCCACUGAACAGGAUAUUUUACGCUGUAGAGUGCUUACUUCAGGAAUAUUUGAAACAAAGUUUGCAGUUGAUAAAGUAAAUUUUCACAUGUUUGAUGUAGGCGGGCAGAGAGAUGAGCGGCGCAAAUGGAUUCAGUGCUUUAAUGAUGUCACAGCUAUCAUAUUUGUGACAGCGUGUAGUAGUUACAAUCUCGUCUUACGAGAGGACGCCACGCAAAAUAGACUUAAAGAAUCAUUGGAACUUUUUAAAAGUAUUUGGAAUAACCGGUGGUUACGGACAAUUUCCAUCAUCCUAUUUUUAAAUAAACAAGAUCUACUAGCAGAAAAAGUGAGAUCUGGCAAGUCUAAAAUAGAGGAUUACUUUGCAGACUUUAAACGUUACCAAAUACCUAGUGAAGUACAAUUGGAGCCUGGCGAUGAUCCGGAGGUGGUUAGAGCAAAAUAUUUCAUCAGAGAUGAGUUUCUGCGAAUAAGCACGGCAAGCGGAGAUGGUCGCCACUAUUGCUACCCGCACUUUACUUGUGCUGUAGACACGGAGAACAUACGGCGAGUGUUCAAUGACUGCAGAGAUAUCAUUCAGAGAAUGCACCUUAGACAAUACGAGUUACUGUGAUGUUGUUAUACCAUCACAGUGUUAAUCUGCCUCUCAUUACUCCCAGUUUAGAAUAUAAAAAAAACCAACUGUGUGACAAACAUAAGGGAUGAUGCAUUUUGCUUUGUGUUAACAUCUGUAUAAUGUAUUACUAAAGGAUAUACAAUGUUGUGUACUACUAACACACAAAUGUGUAAAUCCAUCCACAUGUAUGCUGGAUGGGACUAUGGGAGGCAAUCCAUUGGAAAGAAUUGUUCUUCAUAUCAGAAAACAGCAAAUUUGUGCUUGAAGAGAUGGCUUUAGCAACUUGGUUUGAAGACGUGGCUCCGAUACAAUCAUCAUUCUUUUUACGUGGAAUUCAUGGAAAUAAUUUACAAAUGUUAUGUUUGUAUGUGCUAAAUGACCACCCACGUAAUGAAACGGCUUUCAAAUGUAUUGAAGGAAACACAAGGAGUGCUAUAUAUUUUCUGGUGUUGAUUUAUAUACAUAGAUAUUAAAGAAUGUAGCAGUCGUAAAGGUGAUUUGAGAGGCAUUUCAUUCAUAUGAAUCGAGUGAAUCUAUGUUAUGAUGAAUUUGCUUUCUGCUGUUAUGUAUGCUGACUUGCUGGGGGUAAUGACAUAACCUGUGUUUUGUCACACAAAACAUUAUUAUUUGUGAUAGUUACUUUUUGUAUAAUGCUUGACUGGGUUCGUUGUGUGAUUGUAACUUAUUAUUGUGUGGUGAUAUAAACGUUUACCAGUCACCAUACCAUGUGACACUCUUUUUAAAAAAAAAUGGUAUUUCAGAAAA